GAUAAACCCUAAGCGGCAUCAGAGCUCCAUCUUCUUUCACUUUCCCCAAAACCCUAAACCGAUUCAGGGGCCUCCUCUCUCUCUCUCGUCUCCUUUCUCUCUCUACAGCUUCUGUUAUUCAUUUCAAGGACACCCAACGAUGGUGAAGAAGAGCAGAAAGAGCAAGAGCAAGAGAGUGACGUUGAAGAAGAAGUACAAGGUCAUAAGGAAGGUGAAGGAGCACCACAAGAAGAAGGCCAAGGAGGCCAAGAAGCUCGGCUUCAAUAACAAGAAGGUCGAGAAGGACCCUGGUAUCCCAAAUGACUGGCCCUUCAAGGAGCAGGAGCUCAAGGCCCUCGAAGUCCGUCGGGCUAAAUAUAUCGAAGAAGAAGAGCAAAAGAAGGCUGCUCGCAAGGAAAGGGCUAAAAAGAGGAAGAUGGGGAUUGUAGAGGACGAAGAUGUCCCCAGUUCAGAGGAAUUGGCAGAAGAAAGGAGUAUUGAUGAGUCUACUGGCUUUGGGAAUAAUCGGGAUAGCUCAGAUAGGGCUUUCUACAAGGAAUUGGUUAAAGUUAUUGAAGCCUCAGAUGUUAUUUUGGAAGUUCUUGAUGCUCGAGAUCCCCUGGGUACCCGAUGUAUUGAUAUGGAAAAGAUGGUGAUGAAAUCGGGUCCUAAUAAGCAUCUCGUCUUACUUCUGAACAAAAUUGAUCUUGUCCCGCGAGAAGCUGCUGAGAAGUGGCUGACUUAUCUUAGGGAAGAGUUACCAGCUGUUGCCUUCAAGUGCAACACCCAAGAGCAAAGGUCAAACUUAGGGUGGAAAUCAUCUUCAAAGAAAUCAAAACCAAGCAGCCUUCUCCAGACGAGUGACUGUCUGGGAGCUGAAACUCUUCUUAAAUUGUUGAAGAACUAUUCCAGAAGUCAUGAGAUCAAGAAAUCAAUUACUGUGGGUGUUAUCGGCCUUCCUAAUGUUGGAAAGAGUAGUCUGAUUAACAGUUUGAAGAGAAGCCGUGUUGUCAAUGUUGGUUCUACUCCAGGAUUAACAAGAUCACUGCAAGAAGUUCAAUUGGAUAAUAAUGUCAAAUUGUUGGACUGCCCUGGUGUUGUAAUGCUUAGAUCUAAAGAGAAUGAUGCCUCUAUAGCACUUCGAAAUUGCAAAAGAAUUGAGAAGUUAGAGGAUCCAAUUGCUCCAGUAAAGGAAAUUUUGAAGCUUUGCCCAGAGAGACUUUUGGUGACUCUAUACAAGCUCCCAAGUUUCGAUUCAGUCGAUGACUUUCUGCAUAAGGUGGCUACAGUUAGGGGUAAGCUCAAAAAGGGUGGUGUUGUAGAUAUCGGCGCUGCUGCAAGAAUUGUUCUGCACGACUGGAAUGAGGGUAAAAUUCCAUACUACACUAUGCCCCCAGUUAGGAAUCAAGAUGAACCUUCAGAGGCAAACAUUGUUUUGCAGCUGGGCAAGGCAUUUAACAUUGAUGAAGUAUACAAUGCUGAAUCUUCAUACAUAGGAAGCCUCAAGUCCGUUAGUGAUUUCCAUCCUGUUGAAGUUCCUCCGAGUUGCCCGCUCAAUUUUGAUGAAGAUAUUGAAGAGGUUGAUGCGGCACAAGGACCAUCAAGUCACGUUGAUGAAAGUCCUGAAGAUAUGGUUGAUGGAGACGAUGACCAGUCCAUGGCAUGUGAAGAAGAAGAUGCCGGUAAACCCAAGGAUAAGAAAGCGACUAGAACUAUCAGGCAAAAUGAGAAAUUGUACACAGCUGAAGGUAUUCUCAAUCCUAAGCUAAAGAAAGCAGAGAAGAAGAAAAAGAAAAAGGCAAAGUCAGCCGCAGCCUCAGUUGACGCUAUGGACGCUGACGGUGACUACGACUUUAAAGUGGAUUACAAGAAGGGAUCUGCUAUGGAUGUUAGUGAUGGUCAAGGUAUUGGAAAGGUUCCCAUGUCUGGUACUGGAUUCGAUGAACCGGAGGAAUAGCCAGGACGAUGGAAUAUAAUUGUAUCAUCAGAGGCGCUUCAAGAUGCAUACCCAAGUUUGGUCUUGAGUUAGCCUGCGUUUUUGUUCUCUUUAAAUUAUAUUUGAAUACUGCUGGUUUUCAGAUUAUUGUUUACGGACCGGAGUUAUAUCUGCAUACAAUAGAAAAGCUUUGAUUCAA